AUGACUAUGGAUAUUCGAUCUUAUUGUAUUACGGCUUCAGAUUCGGGGAUUUCUUACCCAUCAAUCUUCCAACUCAACUUGGAGAUUCCCGCCUUUUUCGCGAACUAUCGAUGGUGGGAAGAUGAGGCGACAACUGUGUUCUGGGCAUUCGAUAUCCAAGAAAUUAGCCGUGUGAUUCAAUUCGGACUCUUUGAUGAUGAGUCCGUCCCGAGGACUUCGCUUUGCGCUCGAAAUGUGGACACCAUUGACACAUUUUUGAUGGCGCUGUCCGAACCCCAUGAGUACCAGUUCCUUGGGAGUCUCUCUCAUUCACAGAGGGUUGAGGAGAUCCUUCGCCGGUCGAGUAUCUCUCCUUUCCAGGCAAUUCCUUGGAGCUGGCUACCACCGCAGUCAAGCCCUACUUUAGAUGCGCUGGAAAUCGCUGCCGCAAUCGAGGCCGAGAGCCAUUUCCACUUUAGGCAGAUUGCUUUUGAAGAAUUUGCACGCGCUGCCCUCGGAUACAAAGCUGUAUUUGUCGAGUGGUUCCUACAACAGCAUACGGCUCUUUAUAUCAUUCUUCGGGACCAUUUGAGCGCUUAUCCGGGGGACAUUCCUCUGUAUACUGAAGUGGAAAAGCAUCUUCGGUCGCGGAGUCCAUUCGCACACCGAGCACUGGUCCACUGCCUUCUGGCUGUGCAGACUGGUGGGCCCCAUCAUGACAUGUCAAAGCCCCACACCGCUGGGUUUGAAUUCAUCGCAGGUCCUAUCCAGGCCUUAUUCAUGGGCCAGCAAGGAAGGCUCACUGCUAUGCUCAAGAUGUUGAGCGUUUUGGCAAUCCGAUUUCGCCGACAGUAUAUCCACCCUCCUACCAUGGAUUGGAAGACUCCAUUCGAUACCUCUAUUCCAUUUUUGGACGAUUAUCUCGAUUCUACAUCUCCAGCAGACUUGGCACGCACCAUGAACGGCGCGGACGAACACCUUUUUGCCGAGUUGACACGGGAAAGUCUAAUAACAGAGGAUGUAGUUGUUGGACGAUUGCAGACUCAGUGGCGCACACUGAGUACAUCUGUGUGGGAAUGCUGCUCUGCACUUCCAGACCUGAUUCCAUAUCUGCAAGAAUGUGCAAAGACCCUGUUAACAACACGUAACUAUCACUCUCUCGCGGCCGUCAUCAAAGGCUUGCAUACCUAUUCUAUUUUGACUACUCGCACCAACAAAUCCAAAGGAAAUAUGAUUACACUUGAAGCCCUGAUUCCACAAGUACUAGUCGCCCUCAUGGAUCCAGCUCAGAACUUCAACGCCUAUCGCGACCACUACCGACGAUUCCCUGGCAUUCCCUUCUUGAUGCCUCACAUUCACGACUUCAAACAAAAUGGCGAAUCCAUCCUUGAGCCAAUUUUCAAGCACCUGCAAAGCACUCAAUAA